AUGAAAUGGCUACCUCCGGAACAAGCGUCGCGUCGAGAAGAAAGGUUCGUGAUACAUGGAUAUCGAGAGGGUGCUACGAGGUUCCAUGAUGCGCUUCGUGGUACACACAGUAGAAAGAGAAUACGGGUGAACUCCGCUAUAGAGAAUGCUCUCAGUGUCCAUGUUUUACUUUCCACUGAAACCGAGCUAUCCGAGAUUCAGCAUAUGAAAGCAUACGCUGGCGAGCUCCGCCUUGAGAACGGCAAUUGGAAGACUUCGUUCGGUGUUGCGAUGGGAGUAGCAUAUAUGCAGUACAGAACACCUACCUUCAAUGAAGUGCCGCGACCUGCUAUCCAACGUAAAAUAUCGCAACCCAUCGCUAGAAAACGCGAUAAAGGCCCCGGUAAGUCCCGGCACCGUUCUCCGCCCUCUGUUCUAUUCGUCCUGGGAACAUCGUUUCGUGGUCAUCUCAGCAUUCAUGAACAUGUCCACAGUUCGAAGGCGAGUAUGGAGUUAUCCACAGGAAGGAGGAUGAGUACAGACGCCAGCCGCAGGAUGGGAUCAGUGGAAGAAAGAAAGUGUCGGCGACCUCAGGUCCUAACUCCAACAAACAACGCGCCACCACGCGGUCAGGUGACAAGGCGACCAGAUCUCUCCGCAGACUUUUCUCUCCACCGAACGCGGAACGGAUCUAAUCGAUCGUACGGUCCUAAAAAUGAAACAGAAUCCAUAUCUCAACCUACUUCGGCCGUUAUGUACCGUAUGGAGAACAUGCUCCUGCGUCUUGGUCACGUUUCCAUCGACGCCUUUACUAUUCAAGUCAUGGUGGCGACGGCACAACGUUUUUGGGUCGUCGCCCCCUUGGAUUAUAUGGACUUGUACAAGCCAAUCAUGGAUAGUAAUCUCAGAGUGACUCUCGUCUGCGUGGCAAGUGACUUAUGGGCGCCUUUACAGCCAAUGUUGACGUCGUUGAAAUGUUUUGGAGUGCCAGCAUUUCCGUCUAUUCUAGAAUUCAACGCCUAG